UCACACCUCUUGCGAUACAUUUGCCUGUAGAGCUGUCACCCAGCAAUGGUUGCCCGCUCGAUGACAUCGAAGGCAGGGCCUGCUGGCUCCAAGCGAGCACGGACAUCCAAGGAGCCUGUGCAGUCUGAGCGGAGAUCCAAGAGAGCUGUUGCCCAGGUGGGUCAGGUGGCCAAGCAAGCAGCUGGCAAAUUUGGUGAUUCAAGCAUCAGCCGUGCUUCAGCCAAAGGCGCCCUGCAGGGCCUUGCGUCCUCAUCUCUGGGCAUUGGCUAUGCAGCCUGUGCAGCAGCCCUCGGUGCUGCAGCUGCAGCGGCAGCCGAGGUGAAUCCGGAUUGCACUGCCGAGGAGGUCGCAGCCGCAGCAAUGCUUGCUGUUGAAGAGAUCCUUGGCUUGUCUGCCGGAAAAGCCUGAGGGCAUUUGAGGGUCGCCUUCACAGGGGCCUUUUUGUAGCUUUUGAGAGAGCAUGAAAGACGUGCCACUGGCACUUGCCACCGGCACUUGCUCUUGCACCCAUUGCAGUCGAUGCGGUGCCGAUUCCCGCUCGUUCUUUAACUAAUCAAUUGCCUUCGGGCGCAAUUCGUCUUUGCACUGUUCUUGCUGGCUCUUCACGAGUCACUGGGUAG